AUGUCUCAAGCUGACUCUACACUUACUUUAUGCAGCCGUGUGUUGGAGAUGAUUUCUCUACUUACCCCACUUAUGGGCUUAGAAAUUACUUGUUCUAAACUUCUUCCAACACUUAUUACCUUAUCUAAAGACAGAGUGUCGAAUAUCAAGUUUAAUGUCGUAAAGGUCUUGCAGUUGUUAAUUCCUAUAGUCGACCAUUCAGUGUCUAGAAAGAUUGUUAAAGUUGAGGAGAAGCUUGCAAAGGGAUGGGGUGGUGAGAAUGCUUAUCAUAUGAAAGGGUAUCGGUAUUUGCUAGUGGAUGGUGACAGGAGUAUUUCAAGGGCGUCCCCACCUAGAAAAAGUAACAACCCUAACGAAGGUUUAUCAAUUGAUGAAAAUAAGUUAUGGUUACUUUUUCAUGGUUACUUGUGCUGUAGGGAUCCCAUACUUAAUGUUAGUGAUUUGUCAAUUGAAGCAAGUAGGAACUUAGGUUUGUUUCUUUAUCAACUAAGACAGGUAACCUGUCGAUUGCUUGGAGUUAUACUUGAAGAAAGUACCCCACAGGAGCUUCAGGUCACAAGACUUAUCGAAGCAGGGGUUCAUUGGUCUUAA